GUAGUCCUCACGGUCGGGCUGGCACUGUGCAGGUCGCCGGCGAGCCGCGUCCGGAGCCCGGCGCCGAGCAGGCCUGGGGAGGCGGAGGCCACACCCCGCGCACGGCCCAGGCGCUUCCCGCCGGUGAAUCAUCCCCGCAGCAGCGGCUCCCGCAGUCCGCUGCAGCGCCCCGGGCCCGGCCGCGCCCCAGCCGAGUGCCGUGCCCCGCCUCUCCGCGACCCCUUUCUCCGUGCAGUGCGCCAACCGGAUCGCUACCAUGGCGGGCAUCGCGAUAAAGCUGGCCAAGGACCGCGAAGCGGCCGAGGGGCUGGGGUCGCAUGAGAGAGCCAUCAAGUACCUCAACCAGGACUACGAGACGCUGCGGAACGAGUGCCUGGAGGCCGGGGCGCUCUUCCAGGAUCCUUCCUUCCCCGCCCUGCCGUCAUCCUUGGGCUAUAAGGAGUUGGGGCCCUACUCCAGCAAAACUCGGGGCAUCGAAUGGAAGCGGCCCACGGAGAUCUGCGCUGACCCCCAGUUCAUUAUUGGAGGAGCCACCCGCACAGACAUCUGCCAAGGAGCCCUGGGGGACUGCUGGCUGCUGGCUGCCAUCGCCUCCCUCACCUUGAAUGAGGAAAUCCUGGCUCGGGUUGUGCCUCCAGAUCAGAGCUUCCAGGAAAACUAUGCAGGCAUCUUCCACUUCCAGUUCUGGCAAUAUGGCGAGUGGGUGGAGGUGGUGGUGGACGACAGGCUGCCCACUAAGGACGGGGAGCUGCUCUUUGUGCAUUCAGCUGAAGGGAGUGAGUUCUGGAGUGCCCUUCUGGAGAAAGCCUAUGCCAAGAUCAAUGGGUGCUAUGAAGCACUCUCAGGGGGUGCCACCACGGAAGGCUUUGAAGACUUCACAGGAGGCAUUGCUGAGUGGUAUGAGCUGAGGAAGCCUCCUCCCAACUUGUUCAAGAUCAUCCAGAAGGCUUUGGAGAAAGGUUCUCUGCUUGGCUGCUCUAUCGAUAUCACCAGCGCUGCAGAUUCUGAGGCCGUUACGUACCAGAAGUUGGUGAAAGGACAUGCGUACUCUGUCACCGGAGCCGAGGAGGUUGAAAGUUCAGGAAGCCUGCAGAAAUUGAUCCGCAUCAGGAAUCCCUGGGGACAAGUAGAGUGGACCGGGAAGUGGAAUGACAAUUGCCCCAGCUGGAACACGGUUGACCCAGAAGUAAGGGCAAAUCUAACCGAACGGCAGGAGGACGGAGAAUUCUGGAUGUCCUUCAGUGACUUCCUGAGACACUACUCUCGCCUGGAGAUCUGCAACCUGACCCCGGACACCCUCACCUGUGACUCCUAUAAGAAGUGGAAACUCACCAAGAUGGAUGGGAACUGGAGGCGAGGCUCCACCGCAGGGGGCUGCAGGAAUUACCCAAAUACCUUCUGGAUGAACCCUCAGUACCUAAUUAAGCUGGAGGAAGAAGACGAAGAUGAGGAGGAUGGGGAGAGAGGCUGUACCUUCCUGGUGGGUCUCAUCCAGAAGCACCGGCGACGGCAGAGGAAGAUGGGCGAGGACAUGCACACCAUUGGCUUCGGCAUCUAUGAGGUUCCAGAGGAGCUAACAGGGCAGACCAACAUCCACCUCGGCAAAAACUUUUUCCUCACAACCCGAGCCAGGGAGCGGUCAGAUACCUUCAUUAACCUCCGCGAGGUCCUCAACCGCUUCAAGCUGCCCCCGGGAGAGUAUGUCCUCGUUCCCUCCACCUUCGAACCCCACAAGGAUGGCGAUUUCUGCAUCCGAGUCUUCUCGGAGAAGAAGGCUGACUACCAAGCUGUUGAUGACGAGAUCGAGGCCAACAUUGAAGAGAUUGACGCCAAUGAGGAGGACAUUGACGAUGGAUUCCGAAGGCUCUUUGUUCAGCUGGCUGGAGAGGAUGCAGAGAUCUCUGCCUUUGAGCUGCAGACCAUCUUAAGAAGAGUUCUAGCCAAACGCCAAGACAUCAAGUCAGACGGCUUCAGCAUCGAGACCUGUAAGAUCAUGGUGGACAUGCUGGAUGAAGAUGGGAGUGGCAAGCUUGGCCUGAAGGAGUUCUACAUCCUCUGGACGAAGAUUCAGAAAUACCAAAAAAUCUACCGGGAAAUCGAUGUGGACAGGUCUGGAACCAUGAAUUCCUACGAGAUGCGGAAAGCACUGGAAGAAGCAGGUUUCAAGCUGCCCUGUCAACUUCAUCAAGUCAUCGUUGCCCGGUUUGCAGACGACGAGCUAAUCAUCGACUUUGACAAUUUUGUGCGGUGUUUGGUCCGUCUGGAAACGCUAUUCAAGAUAUUCAAGCAGCUAGACCCUGAGAACACUGGAACGAUACAGCUCAACCUUGCUUCGUGGCUGAGUUUUUCAGUACUCUGAAGUUACAUGCCUGGAGAGGUCUAGUGGAAGAAAACAGCCAAUGACUACACUUAGACACUUUGUAUCUGGACCUUGAACUUACGGGAACAUUGACUUCAUCGGAUGAUUAUAACUGAAGAAUAUAACCGUCUGGGAUAGAUGAACUUUUCACAUAUCAGAGUAACAUAUUUGCAUAUUAUUAAACCAAAUGCAAAUGAAUUGCAUAACCCUUGGUAAGGUCAGAGGAAGCGUUACACCUGUAAAUAGUAUAUCCUUUUUACUUCUACACAUUGUCCUGGCCAUAGCAAUAUUAAAUCAGGAAGGAAUGCAGAGAGCUUUAAAUAACUGGGCAAAUAGUAAACCAAUCUCAGAGGCUACAAGGCCUUGAUGGGAAUAUUUGAAGAAAUUUUAACUUUUAAAUGCAGUGGUGGCACCUGCCACAGCAGCCCAGAGACUGCCGCUUGCCCUGAGCGAACUGAGAAAUACAAUGACGAAGUAGUCUGAUGGAGGCAUCUAAAGAACCCAGUCUGAUGGAGGCAUCUAAAGAAUCCAGGAGCCAGGAGUGUCUGACACAAGGCCAACCUGGGCUGCCUAGCAAGACCCGAUCUCAGAAAAUAAAUGCCAAUUUAAAAAAAGGGCAUGCUUGCUUCCAUCAUUUGGUUCUAACAGAAGAUGGUUUUUAUAUACCUUUAGCAUUCUUAAACUCAAGUCCUUGACCAUAUUUGGCCUUAGACACUUAGGUCUGACAAGUAGUAAGUAAUGAGAUCACUCUGACCAACUGAGCCAGGUGUGCCGUCUGCAAGAAGAUCGUGAUAAACCCCAGGGACUGUGCCUACAGCUGGGGAGGACAGGGCUCAGAAGAUCUUCUUAAAACAACCAAGCUGGCUUCUUCAUCCUGGGAAAAUGCUAGCAACCAUACAGACAUAUUGCCUUAUCUACUUCCAAACGUACUGUUAAUAAAGAGUUACAACACAGUCGCA